AUGGAGGAGUCGCGCAUCAGAACAUGCAUAAGGAACAAUUCAAGGCUGCAAGCACUCGGAAUUCCUGCACUAUCGACAUUGUUUGCAGCCAAAACAGUCAUUUCACCUGAAAAAAAUAAACCGAAGCAUAGUAGUGAUGAUUCUGAAGCUGAGUACCAUCCUAACGAGGACAAUACCAGUGAAGGAGAGUCAUCCGAUGAUAGUUUAGUAGAUGAAACAGAAGCACUGCAGUCCACACCUGCUGCAAGCUCAAACUCUAAGGGCUGUAAGAAGACUAGUCAGAAAACUAGUAAGAAAAGAUCUGCUGCCAUGCCCCCUGGUGGAGUCAAGCCUCGGCCUCCUAAGAGAGUUCAUGCGGACCUCCCAACUAAUCCACGAGUCACAAGGUCGAAGAAAGCUCUAUUACAAGAUGCUGAUGCAGGUACUCAAAGUGAGGAAAUGUCUGAUCCUAAACAUCAGACUCCAAGUGUCAUCCAUAAGCCAACUGCUUCUAUGGCUUGUGUCCGCCCAGCUGAAGAAAUUGUUCCCAACUUUGAUGACCAUGGUGUUGAAGGUGAUGAUCCUGGACAUUGUGAUGAUGACAACUGGAUUGCCAAUGGAGCUGAUCUCAUUGCCCAUCGUGAUGAAGAAAAUGAGAUGGCAAACGAAGCUGGUGGUAGUGCCCAACCAAAUCAGCAAACCCAACCUAACAAUAACUCCGAAGAUAUUGCCUUGUUGAAAUCUGCUCGAACCGUGUCUUCCGUUCCAGUUAACCUAUGCAUUUGUAACAAUCGGAAACACACCAACAUGACAUAUACUGCAAUAUUCCAUUUAGUUGUUGUUGCCAUAUGUCCACAAUCCUAUGAGGAGCCAAGGGAAAGGGGCCCCAAUUUGGGAAAAGGUCUGGAAAGGAUCACUCGAUGCCGGCAGGGCAAACUGCCGCUUGUCAUUCCAGAAGGGAAGUUAAGGCCGGAGGCACCUCUUCUUGCUGCAAAGUUCGCAACUGAAUGCAACAUCACAGUUAGACACCAUAUGCCCGUGUUUAAGCACUGGAAGGAUUACAAGGACCCAGAUGGACAUGUCCGAGAUGGGAUCUUCAGGAACUUUGUAGGAAAAGUUGGUAACAAGUUUCAGAUGGACGUUGAUGCUGUGCCAGUUAGGAAGGCUUGUACUGAAAUGCUGAAACAUGCGACUCGCCAACAACGAUAUAGGCUCAAGAAAGAGUAUUUUGACCCUCACCCACUCCAUUUGGUGACGAGAACGUCUCCUGUCCCCUCGAUGACUGAUGAGCAGUGGAAUGAGCUAGUGGAAAGCUGGAAGGAUCCCAAAAAUAUGGGGAUAUGUGAAACUAACAAAAAUAAUCGAGCUCAAGUUAAGUUUCACCAAACCACUGGCUCGCGCAGCUACCCUGUGCACUGUGAUAAUCUGGGAGACAAAUACAAAGAUAAAGAACCCACUGCAUUGGAUUUAUUCAAGGAGUGCCACUACAGCAAGAAAAAGAAAAGCUACACCGGUGUUGUCCAAGCUGCAAUUACCGAGAUGGAAAACAAGGCCUCUCAGCCUACAGAAGAUGGACAGGAAUCGAACUCCGCGACCGAGGCUGUAGCUGAAGUGCUUGCUAAGCACACUAAGAAGCCAAGGUUUCUUCAGCAUGUGGGGAUCCAGCAUGUCCAUGCGAGAUCUGGCGAUAGCAACUGUCAAGUAGAGUUGGCAAAGAGGGGCAAUGUCGAGCUUCAGGCACUUGUUGACACCUUGACCAAGCAGUUGAAGGAGUCCGAAGAAGCAAGGACCGGGCAAGACAAGGAGCACAGGAAGAGAGAUGAGGAGAACAGGAAGAAGCAAGCUGAGAUGGAUGCAAAACUGGACUUUUUGCUAAGUCAGUUGCAAGCAAGAUCAGCUCAAGGGUAA